CGGUCUCACUGUCGACGGAGGUCUUGAGCCCACUCUGGCUGCCUACGCCUUGACCGUGGCUGGUCUGCGUCUGCUCGGAUGCAGCGUUUGGCCUCCGCCUAAGGGCAGCGACCCCGGGAGGCAACCGCGCCGCCGGCCCCGCAGACCCUCGCGGCCGGACUACAACUUCCAGCGGCCCCCGCGUGGUCCGUCCGGCUCCUUCGGGCGCUGUGCCUGCCGGGAAGUGUAGUUCCGAGGGUUGCUCAGAGCGGGACCUUCUGGGAAACCCUGGCGCGAGGCGUCAGAAGCUGUCGGACUGUGUGCGCCUCUGAACUUUUGAGGCUUGGCCCAGGGUGGAGUUGUUUUUUUUUUUAGCAUGGGGACCAGGGAGGACUCCGGGACUAGGGCCUCGGCUGCGGCCUCCUCGCGGCCCCGAGUGCCCUGUGAAAUCAGUUUAGGCCACGUCCCUCCAGCCUGCAGUUUCCUUCUGGUCAUGCUGCUUCCCUCCAGGGCCUGUCCUCCAAGUGAGGGGGGACGGAGGGCGGUCACCUGCCAGAAGGUCUGGGGCGCCAAGGUGUGCCCUGGGACUCCAGGCUCCGUCCAGGUUCCAGGCCCCGCCCCCCAGCUUAUCCUUAGGCUGGGCUCCCCACCGUGGGAACGGGGACCAGCUGGCCGGAAGCGCCAAACUGCGUCCCUGUCCGAGCCCCGGGGAUCAAUCAGGCCGAGGAGUUAAUUAUGUAAUGAGGGGGCAGGGGGUCGAGGCUAAUGAAGCCGCCCGGGGUGGGGAGGGAGGGGAGGAGGGAACCGUACCCAGGUAUCCGGCCCCCUCUCGGACCCCUUCGAGGCCCCAGGGGUCUCCACCCCAGCCCAACUCCAGGGCCCCAAAGAGGGGAGGGGCUGCGAUCCUGGGUCUGAGCUGUGAGCUAUAAAGGGGGCAUCUCACAGCACCGGGGGCUCUAGGCGGCGGGACCUGAGGCCAGACGGAACUACAACAUGUACCAUCCACGAGAGUUGUACCCGUCCCUGGGGGCCGGCUACCGCUUUGGGCCCCCCCAACCCGGGGCGGACUCCAGCUUCCCACCUGCCCUAGCUGAGGGCUACCGCUACCCUGACCUGGACACCCCCAAACUGGAUUGCUUCCUCUCCGGGAUGGAGGCUGCUCCCCGCACCCUGGCCGCUCCCCCACCUCUGCCCCUUCUGCCCCCUGCCAUGGGCACAGAGCCGGCCCCAACAGCUCCAGAGGCCCUCCAUUCCCUCCCUGGGGUCAGCCUCAUCCUGGAGAACCGGGAGCUAUGGAAGGAGUUCAGCUCUGUGGGAACAGAAAUGAUCAUCACCAAAGCUGGGAGGCGCAUGUUCCCUGCCUGCCGAGUGUCAGUCACCGGCCUGGACCCAGAGGCCCGCUACCUGUUUCUUCUGGACGUGGUUCCGGUGGACGGGGCUCGCUACCGCUGGCAGGGCCGGCGCUGGGAGCCCAGUGGCAAGGCAGAGCCCCGCCUGCCUGACCGAGUCUAUAUUCACCCCGACUCUCCUGCCACGGGUGCCCAUUGGAUGCGGCAGCCUGUGUCCUUCCAUCGUGUCAAGCUCACCAACAGCACGCUGGACCCCCACGGCCACCUGAUCCUGCACUCCAUGCACAAGUACCAGCCCCGCAUACACCUGGUUCGAGCAGCCCAGCUCUGCAGCCAGCACUGGGGAGGUAUGGCCUCCUUCCGCUUCCCUGAGACCACAUUCAUCUCUGUGACAGCCUACCAGAACCCACGGAUCACACAACUGAAGAUUGCAGCCAAUCCCUUUGCCAAAGGCUUCCGGGAGAACGGCAGAAACUGUAAGAGGGAGCGAGACGCCCGUGUGAAGAGGAAACUGCAGGGCCCAGAGCCAGCAGCUACAGAGGCCUAUGGGAGCGGAGAAACCCCAGGUGGUCCCUGCGACUCCACCCUGGGUGGAGACAUUCGUGAAUCAGAUCCAGAGCAGGCCCCAGCCCCUGGGGAAGCCACCUCUGUUCCGGUGCCUCCGUGCGGUGGACCUAGUGCCGAGGCCUACCUCCUGCACCCUGCAGCUUUCCACGGGGCUCCCAGUCACCUUCCCACCAGGAGCUCCAGCUUCCUGGAGGCUCCAGACUCUGGGCGCUCAGCCCCCCACUCAGCUGCAUUUCUGGAGCUGCCACCUGGACCAGGGGGCUCUGGGUACCCAGCGGCUCUGCCAGCGACACCCUUUGCCCCCCACUUUCUCCAAGGGAGCCCCUUCCCUCUACCAUACCCAGGUCCUGGGGGCUACCUGGAUGUGGGCUCCAAACCCAUGUACUGAGCCAAUGCUGGGCCCCUCUGCCUCCAUCAUAAACCUCCUGCUCCCUUCCCCCAGCCCUGGAGCCCCCUUACCUCCACUGGCCCCAUCCCCCACACCAAAUGGCUGCCUUGGGCAUGCCCCCCAGCCCCCAACUUCACACCUUGAUUUCACUCCCACCCCCCUCUGGCUUCAAAGCCCAACCAGGGCUGCUGGGAGUCCAGCUGGGGCCAGCUUCCCCUUCCCGGCUAUCACCUCUGUGUGAAUGGAAGGGACUCUGCCUGGCCAAAUGGGGCCACAGACCAGCAUCCCCACCUCCCAGGCCUCUCCAUGGGCUCUGGGAGGCUCAGUCCCCACCGCCCCCCCCACCACCAGUGCAGGCCACACCAGUCUGUUGUUCUGGGACCAGAGUAUUUUUGUUAAUAAAAUUCAAAAGCCAUCCGUGCUCAGGAAA